AUGACGUCUCACAGCCCGAAAGCCUCGACGAAGAUCAAGAAGGCGACCAAGAGCAGCGCCGCCGCCAUCGAGAUGUCCGACGCACUGGCCAACACGGAGACCGCGGCCGAGUACGUGAACACGGCCAUCAAGAUGUGGAACGGCCCGAAGCCCGUGAUGAUGACCGCCGAGGCGAGCAAGAAGUCCCAGAUGAAGUACGACGUGUUCGAUCCCAAACAGGCGGCUGAACUCCUGCACAUGCACCAGUUCGAUCCGCAGAUGUACCAAGUGCCGCAAUCCGUGCAGUCCAUGCAGAUCCCCACGCACUACGUGGCGCCCACGCAGUACGUCCUGGAGCCGGCGUACGAGGAGCAGGAGCAGGUGCCUCAGCAGUACCACCCGACCACGCUGCCACCGCAGCAUAUCGUCACAGUGCAGCCAGUGGUGCAGAAGAAACCCAUCGAGUUGGUCGAAGUGGAGGCCCCAACGCAGGCUCCACGCUACGCCCGACCCACUAUCCGGAAGCCCUCGAAACCCGUCAAGCAGAAAAUCAUUUCCCAAGACAGCAACUACGAGGUGUACCAGAACGUCGUGACCGUCACGAAGCCCGAACCCUUCGAAUUACCAACGUCAAAGGCACCCGUCCAGAAGGAGAUCGCUGCCGAGUCUCAGCGAACUCCGAUCAGGAAUCCCACGACGUACACUGUUGAGCAGGGCGGAGAGACUCACAUCCACCACCACUACGCUCCAGUGCAUCAUCAGCAGUACGAGGAGGAGACUGUGGAGAUUGCGCAGGAGAUCCCGACGCACAGGCCGAAGUAUGUGGUUCCCAGGGCGCGCACGAAGCCAACCACGCACACUUUCCAGGUGCAGCACCAUCAGGCUGCCACUGAGGAGCACCACGAGCACACCACCCCGCCCUACAGACCCUCGUCGUCCUUCCAGCAAACGCUGAAGGCCACCAGCCGUCCACUGACACACCAUCACCAUCACCACCCCUCCCUGACCUCUGAGGUGGAGAAGGAUCUCGCGUCGCAGAGCUAUCAGAUCGAGAUCCCGCGCGAUGAGCUGAUCAAACACAUCGAGGACUCGGUCAACAAGUACCUCAAGAACCUGAAUCUGGAGGAGAAGCUGGUCAAGGAGCGCCCCAGGCCGUCCUACGUCCCGAGAUCGCAGCAGCACGUCAUGAUCGUCUCCACAACACCUCCACCUCCGCCACCCCCACCAACAACCACCCCUGUGUCCACCACCACACGACCCGUGCGUAUUCCCAAGAGGCGCCGGCCAGUGAUGGUGCAGCAAUCUCAGCCGCAGGCAGAAGUGGGCCACGAGCAUCAGGAGCAGCACAUCAUUGUGUCCAACGACGAAUACCUUCCGCCCUCCUUCGUCGUGCACCAGAGCCACCCCAAUCAAGUUCAGCACCAUCCAGAGCCCAUCGUAGUCACGCAGCCCACGAAAGUCUACGCCUACGAGGAGGUUCAGGAGCCCUCGCCCGACCAAGUCUACCGUCAGCCGAAGAUCGUGCAUCAGGAGCAGUACCAGGCGCAAUAUCCCCCGACCAAUGAGCUGGCCAGAGAGUCUGUGGUGCAGAAUGUAGAUUUGACGGACCAGAACAGCAAAUCCCGGCCCACGCACAUUGAUCUCAGCGCUCUGGACGUGGGUCAGUCCUGGUCGCACGGCAACACUUUCGACCACUCUGCCGUGCUGAAGAACUUGCAGGGCUUCGACCAGAGCAAUGCCGUUCUGCAGCCUAUCCCGCAUCCCAAGCUCCACUUCAACUCGCAGACCUAUCACGACAUCAACGCCCUGCCUUACAACCCCAACAGGGACUUUGUGUCGACAGUGGAGCCUGCCGUGGCUGCGUCGGCCAUGCAGCCAACGGACGACGCCACGUUCUUCAAAAAGCAAUCCUUCGGCCCUAUGCCACACAACACGGUGAACAUGAACGAGGGCACGGCGUCCGUGGGCGCAUCCAUCAGCGUGGGCGGCGAGCAGAGCGUGCCCGGCCUGAGGGAUGAGCAGGUGAAGUCCAUCACGGAUGAACUGGGCCCGGUGCACAUCAUCAACGGCCUGCCCGUGGUCAAUCCCUACAACAUCGAUCUGCACACCCUCAAGUUCAUGCUGGGCUCACCCAUGGCGCCCGGCAACACCAACGUUCCCCAGCAGCAGCAGCAGGGCCCCGCCUCGGUGUCGGAAGUGCCGCCGCCGGUUGCCAACCAGAAGCCGCGUAAGAACAUCCAGUACACACGCGAGAACGGCUGGACGAACUCCGUGCGCGCACCCUCGGGCUCCGGCAGCGCCGUGCAGUACAAAUACACAGGGAACGAACUGCCCGCGGACAGCUACAGCCCCAAAUACAACAACAACCCCAAGGGUGAGGGCUUCCAGGGCGGCGCGGCGGGCUCCAAAGUGCACAAUGCGCACCAGAACGGCUCGCAGUUCGAGCUGGUGCCGAAGGGGCGCGUGAAGGUGGUGGAGCAGAAGAGGGUGGUGAAGCGGCCGCAGGCCAAGGGCCGAGAGCCCGACACAGAGCUGAAGCCGCCGCCGCGAUUUCCCAAAUACAACUAA